CACUUCCGUUUCGUAAUCUGGCAGAGGGCGUUCAAUUUAAUAUUCGUUUACUUCAAAGAAUACCCUUAAGAAUUUCUAAAACUGAGAAAAAGAACUAAAUGCUUAAAGCUUUGAACUCUUUAAAAAGAUCAGUUUGAAUACAUCUGCUGCAAUAGAAAUAUGUCAGCGUCUAACAUUUUGCAAAGUAUCCGUCAAUGCGUUCCCGUUUUAAGUGAAAAUCUAUAUAAGGGAAAUUGCGGUCGUUUGGGAGUAGUUGGAGGAUGCAGAGAAUAUACCGGUGCGCCUUAUUUUGCAGCAAUAACCAUUUUAAAAAUGGGAGGAGACUUGAGUCAUGUUUUUUGUGCCGAAGCGGCUGCUCCCGUCAUCAAAUCUUAUUCUCCAGAACUUAUAGUACAUCCUGUUCUUGAUUCACCUGAUGUUGACAGUGAAAUAAAGAAAUGGAUACCGAAAUUGCACUCAAUAGUCAUAGGGCCAGGGUUAGGACGCGAGGAAAAGCUGUUAAAUACAACAUCGAAAGUAAUUGAAGCAAUAAGAACACUUGAAAAGCCUAUGGUUAUUGACGCCGAUGGAGUUUAUUGUAUAUCAGACCGCUUAAAUUUAGUCAAAGAUAAUAAGAAUCUAAUCCUAACUCCUAAUGCUGUUGAAUUCAAUAAUCUUUUCCAGAAAGUUCAUGGUAGAAAAUUUGAAGGUGAUGAAGGUCUUGAUGAAGCUGUUAAAAGUACAUGCUUGGCUCUAGGUGGUGUAACUAUCGUCAGAAAAGGUGCAGAGGACGUUAUUUCUGAUGGGACGCAUACUCUUAGAUGUAGCGAAAAGGGUAGUACUAGACGAUGUGGUGGUCAAGGAGAUCUUCUCUCUGGGUCUAUGGCUCUAUUUCUCGCUUGGAUUUCUGCUUCGAAAAAUAAUCUUCCACUUCCAGCAACCGUCCUAGCAGCGUUUGGAGGUUGUGUAUUAACAAGACAAUGUUCCCUUGCGGGAUUUAAAAGGUUUGGUAGAUCAAUGACGACGACUGACAUGAUAAGCUGUAUUCAUGAGUGUUUUGAAAAGACCUUUGAACAUAAGUGAAUAAGUAUAAUAAUAAAAAAAAAUCUUUCUAUCAAGAUAAAUGCAGAACUUUCAUAGUAAAUUUACACUUCUACAUGUGUUACAUGCACAAUUGUUCACCUACAUAUUACUUUUUACAAAAUACUGAAGGAGAUAAAACUUUACAGGUUCUAAAGAGUAGAUCAUUUUAUAUAGCAGCUUCACAAUCGUGUUGGAAGUUGGUGUUAACAUAGCUGAGAUCUUCUCUAUUCCUUGAACUUCUUUCAAUACUUUCGGCAUAACCUCUUAUUUCCUUUAUUAAGAAAAAAAUCGAGUUUCUUAUGUAAUAGAUUUGAUAAUGGUCCUUACAUUGAGUAAGCGGUCUAGGUCAGCAAGGCAAACGUUUACAAAGGCUUCAAAAUCCCCCAACCUGAGAACAUUUCGAGUUACAACAACGAGCUGGUUAACUAUCUGAAUAAGUCUUUUAGACCUAAUGGAAUAAAUUAUAUUAGCUAACAGUGAAAGUUUCUUUUAGUCACUGAUAAGAUAGUUUACUUGACUUCGAGUAAGUGGUGGUCCAAAGGGGAAUACAUACUAUAUAUUAAAUCAUCAACACGAGGAGUCAUCAUCUUAGCUACUCUGAUAAUUUCUUCCAACUUUUCCAAAGGCUUUAUCUGAGCAGAACGUAAAUAAUAGCUAAAACUUUUGAGAUAAAAAACCUUCUCAGUAACUUACUUCCUUGGCUUGACUGACAGUCAUUGUCUUUAGUUUAGUUGUAAGAGCAUGACAAUUUUUUAAGAUUUGUAAACAAAAGGGAGCGAGACUCAUCAUUUCUUCUACCCAUUCUUCAUCUUGUAAUAAGCGAUCAAGGUUUGUAUUAUUCACAGAAAAUUCAUGUAACUGCAUGUUGGCAGCUAUUCGGGCUUCUGCUUGGGGAUCGUUGUAUUCAUCAAUACUUGAUACUGAACUAAUACCCCCAUCAUAAAGAGAACACUCGUCACUUGUAUCACUAGAUUUUCGUCGUUGAAAUUUCAUCUUACACAUUACGACGAGACUCACAAGGGUACCAAAAAAUAUACAAACUAAAACAGAUAUAGCGACAAUAGAGAUUGUUGAAGGCGACAUGAUGGCUUCUGUCCUCAGAGUGAGAAUUUAUCUUAUCAUUGUUUACUAGAUAAGGUACAUUUUUAGGAUAGCAAAAGUAAAAGCAAUAGAAGAUUCAGAAAGGUACAACAUAAUCUUAAGAAUAAUGACGUAAAUACGGCUCAAUAGCCUACUUUUCAUAUCUAAAAGAGAUUUGUUUUAAAAAUACAUAUUUUGUGAUAUAAACAAACUUUUUAACUCAUUGCUGAAAAUCCCAUUUUGUUACAAUACCUAAGGUAAAAAAAAUACUGUUUUCGAUAAAUAUUCUAAAAAAAUGAC